AUGUCGAUUCUACAUCUUCCAGAACCACUGCCAUCAACAUCCAUCGCCCUCGGGCAAAUCACUACCAAUCCUUUAAGCGCUCCUUCCGACUCCAUCAAGCCCUCAAUACCUUCAGAAUACAUACGAAAGGCAGCCUCUUCGAAAAAAGAAGACGCAGAGCUCACAGCUCAACUUACCCUGACCGACCCGUCACAACUCUUCGACACCUUACGCAACGACACCAGCACACAAGACUCCCUCCGCAAGCUAUCGCAACAAAACGCGCCCAUCUACUUCGUCACCGGCCUCCAAACUUCCAAAUUCCCAAGCCACAAGCGUGCGACUGUGUCACACGAGCCCAUAACCGAGGCUACGGAAACCCCGCAAACACAACAAGUCCAACUACCCUUCCGCCGGAUAGACUCGGCAUCCAACAUGGCCUCCCCUGGCGAAGAAGGUUCGGUCGUCGCAGUCGAGCUACUGAAGGUAAAAUGCCGCAUUGGCGCUGUGAAUGAACCACAUUGUAUUUCGGAUGUGGACUAUGUAUGGAGCUACCAUGCGCUUGAUGGUGAAGACGAGGAUUUGCAGUUGUCUAUUGGGCUGGGGAAAGCUGUGGAGGAACGGGAGUGGAAGGAGUUGACGGAUAGUAAAGAAGAGCGGGUGGAGAGAGAAGCUGAUCAUAACUGGUCUUAUGACUACGAAGACAGCGACGAUGGUCUUGGUGGGUUUUGA